AUGAAUAUGGCUUCUGACCAUCUGUCAAUCACAGCGACGCCUCGUGCUUGGACUGCGUUCAUUGUUUGCCUCGCUCACAAUUCUGAGAUGGCCCGACCUGAGGGCUUCCAACGUUAUAAUAUAGACUACGAUUAUGAGGGCUACUCCUACUCAGAGUCUGACUCUGAUAGUAGUUCUGAAGGCUCAUCCUCGCUGCCACCUUUUCAAUUGCCCAAAGCAAGGAUGGACGAGAAAUGGAUGAGGGACAAGAGAAUAUCAAGAAAACCACAUUAUGGUAUAUCAACACGAGGACAUAUCAAACCCACCGAUAGCAGCUCAUUAUCGACGAUUCAAUCCAACAUUUCAUCGCUUUUGGAAUCCACAAAUGAUGAGGAUGAUCUUUUGGAUCUCUACACACCUGUGCAGAAAGGCGAAAAACAUCGGGUGCCACCUGUAUUCGCCAUGCCUCAGGAAUUAUCACCUGUCAUGGGCACAUCCAUUGAUGAGCCACCAAGCGUUCCCUCAUUAAGACUGCAGCGAGAUUGGAGACCUCAGCAAACAUCUACUUCGACGUCGUUUCAGCCAUUUGUGUCAACCCUGCCGAAGACCAAUCCUCAUCAUGGUCCGAAGUUUGUUAGUUCGACCCCUCGUGCAUCAACUGCGAACCGAAUUCCAAUGUACAGUUAUAAUCAAAUUAUUGAAGGAGCAUCACGGCCAAGUAGUUAUUAUAGCGAGGAUCUGUGUGAACUUCCGUCAUCAGCGCGAUCACAUGUGGAAAACGUGAAGCCAACAUUUUAUCGUCCCGAAAACUUUGGCUUGCCGACGGGUGUGGCGAAAAAUGUCGGAAGCGAAGGAAUUGUUUUUCUGAGUAUGACUCUUUGUGGAAAUCAGCUAAAUGUUACAAUAAAUGAAGCCGUGUACUUCCAAGAUCCUUAUCAACCACAAAUCUCUUCAUACGUGAGGGUGGAAAUGCGCAGACGCUGUGGAAAUAGCCGAAAAAGAUACUACAGGGAAAAGAUUCAGUCCUAUAAAACCCGUAAUUGGGUGGGAACAAACCGACCAACUUUCAACGAAAAGUUCACAUUUUACAUCGAUGAGGACAACUACUUUCGCGACUUGCUUACAAUUAGUGUUUACAAACUGAAAGCGGACAAUCACCAGCAGCGUAUGAGAAUGCUCGGUUGUAUGACGUUCCCCGUGAAGCGGCUCAUGAAAAAGGCCAGAGAAGCAAAUGAUGGGUACUACAUCGAUGAGAAUAUGACGAUGGAUGAAGUUGUGGUGAACGAAGGUGGCUUCUUCCUACUUAGCCCUAAACGCGGUGAAAAGAAGAGCUUCCCUCAAAAUAAGAUCAGUAUCAAGACUUACUACAACGAUAAGACGUUCAGUGGAGAUGGUGUUUUGACAACAUCAAGCUCGUGCAUUUCGAAUCCGUCGGAGUUACAGAUGCCGCCACGAACACAGAGGUCAAGUGUAACGGGAAGAAAGAAGAACGACUCAGCUGAAAUUCCCAGUCGCUUCGAAAAGGACGACGUCAGCCGCUACGUCGAUGGUGACCCGGUCACAAUCAGCUUUGAGAGAAAUCCUACAGACAGCUACGAGGACAGCAACAGCAUGCCUUUACGACACGAACGAAUUGGUAGCGUAUACGUGGGAAAGAGCCCUUUGCGAAGAAUCGAACGUGAGGAUAGGUUUGGCAGUAUAUUCCAAGCGCUUGGAGGAAGCAUGAGACGUGGUCAUCGCGCCACUUUGCCUGACAUUCGAGUCACAUCUGUAAAUACAUCAGAUGCUGAAGCUCCCGCGCUUCAAGUACGUCGUCGUGUUGUUGAUUUGGGUCGUCUUACACCAGAUUCGAGUUCUUCCAGUAUUCGCCAGAAAUGUCCAACACCUACCGGAUCUUUGGAACCGAAAAAAGAUCAAGGAGUCAGAAGAACAGCGUCGUUUACCUUUUCUCCCAAAGGAGCUGCGGAUAAGCAAAAUCGGCGUGUCAUUGUCCCUGAGAAGGAGGGGCGGGACGAUAAGAGAAAACUUUUUGGUCCAAUCUCGAAGACAAUCAGUUUGAUUCGGAGUAAACUUGAUGUUGCCCUGUCCACAUCAUCGUUGUAUCCGAGCCGCGAAGAGGUCCGUCAAUGGCGACUCAGUUUUGAAUCGUUGCUCAAUCACAAAUAUGGCUGCUCAUUGUUCCGUGAAUUCCUCAAGAAGGAGUUCUCCGAUGAGAAUGUCGAUUUUUGGUUGGAAUGUGAAGAGUUUAAGAAGAUGAAAGAAGGAAAGAAAGCAACCAUCCAAAAAGCGCAUGAGAUUUUCAAGGAAUAUGUAGCUGCGGCAGCUCCCAAAGAGGUAAAUCUCGACUCCGACACCCGAGCUGCGACGAAGGCAGCAAUGGAAAGCGGGUGUAAAACGGACACCUUCAGUUUGGCUCAAAGUCGAAUUGAGCAGCUCAUGGCAAAGGACUCUUAUCGCCGUUUUCUCAAAGACCCGCUCUACCUUGAACUUGCAGAAGGCUUGGAAAAUGAUGUCUCUUACAGAGAUGAAGUUAUGAAAGAGGUUCUCGUGAUCAUAGGCAUAGUUAGCCAAGUUUCUGGGCAGCUUAUCCCGGAGCCCACUAGACCAAUAGAUCUAUGGAAUCCCUUUGGACCCACGUCUACCCCUCGUCCAAGAAACCAGGGUCUAUCGCAUAAUGAAGUGGCAGUAAGAUUAUCAAUCGGAGAUCUGAUUGGAAAGAAAAUAUUGCUUCGUGACUUGCCAUGGACACCCACUCAAGAUCCCUCUGAGCAAUUACCUCCUCAGCGCCUACAUUUCGAUCCAAAUCCAUUGCCGCCAAGAAAUAAUGUGACAAUCUACACUUUUCUUGGCGUACCAUAUGCGGAAGCACCCGUAGCACAGCGACGUUUAAAGCCUCCACAGCUUAUUCGUGAAUUGCCUCUGCAGCCAUAUUUGGCCUUCCAAUAUGGAGCCACAUGUGCACAAGAUGUUGAACAUCGUCCACAGAUUUUUGUAAACGAUCCUUAUCCCUUCAUCGUCAAUGAAGACUGCUUGUACCUGAAUAUAUUUUCACCAGAUGUAUCCAAAGUUUCUGGCAUGUCCUACCCUGUUCUUGUUUUCUUCCAUGGUGGUAACUUCCAAACUGGAUCCGCCAACGACUGGCCAGCUCAUGGUUUGGCAUCGCGUGGUAUUGUGGUUGUGACUGUAAACUAUCGUCUUGGUGCCUUAGGCUUUAUGAGUCUUGGUGACUCUACGACCGGAAACUUUGGUCUGAUGGACCAGCGACUUGCACUACAGUUCGUACGUGAUCAUAUCUCAUCAUUUGGUGGCGAUCCACAAGCAGUUACAGUGGCGGGACAUGAUGCGGGGGCAGUUUCAGUGGGGAUGCACAUGUUGUCCCCACUUUCAAAAAGCCUUUUUCGAUCUGCAGCGAUGAUGUCCGGUUCUGAAGUCUCAUAUCACUCUUACAUCGGCAAACCCGCGUUAGCCUUCAACAAUACAAUCAAGUUAGGCAGAUACCUGGGAUGCACACAGUCAAUUGCUUACGAUGUUUGGAAUUGUAUCUUGACUCGUUCUACAAAUGAUAUAGUGCGAGCUACAACCGAUAUUCCUAUAGAGUAUAACCGCUACCUUUUUCUCCCCACCAUAGACGGAUUGAAUAUUCCUGGUAAUCCUCUGUGGAUCCUGAACAAUGCGCCGACAGGAUUGGCAGCUAUUCCUAGCGCUGUUCCACUACUUAUUGGCAUGAACGCACAAGACGGUACAGAGGUCAUACUCGAAGAUCGGUUGCUCGGCGAGUUCAAUGAUUUCAACAACGUUGAUCAGGAAUACUUCCGCAGUUAUGCACUAGAAUAUGCCUUCCGUCACAACUACACGAUGAAUCGUGAAGCGAUUGUGGAGGCGAUAAUUGACCGUUAUACAUACUGGCCGGAUCCUUCUGAUGAAUGGGCGGUUCGUAACGCUUUCAUCCAGUUCGUCACGGAUGCCUACUACACGGCUCCAAUAAGUUUGUCUGCGCAUCUGCAUUCUGCCGCUGGGUCGCGCACCUUCAUGUAUGUAAACAACUACAACUUGUCAAGAACUGGCUUUAUACCUGGUUGGAUGGGUUCUUGUCGUGAGUGCGAUCUUUACAUGCUCUUUGGAUACGCGUUUAUGCCAGACGAUCUUCGUCCGUAUCAGCUGAGAGGCGUGAACUUCACGCAGAUGGAUAGAAAUGCCAGUCAGCUCUUCUCGAACGUGUUUCGGCGUUUUGUAUAUCAUCAGAAUCCGAACUUCUUGUACGAUGGCUCGUGGGCUGCUUUGGAGCCUCGGCGUCACUGGUAUAUGAAUUUCAACUACUCUCAUUGGUCUGAAAUGUCGAUUCCCGGAAAACUUGAAAGGGAUUAUCUUUACAUGGAAGUGGCUUUUUGGAACGAGUACAUUCCUGCUUUGGUGAACUACAUGACGACGACAUUUCCUCCAUCGGAGGUCUCCGUUAGGCGGCAGUUGAUGGUCUUUCAGAUGCAAAGGAAUCCCAUCGUUUGGUUGAACAUGUUGAUAAUUUCAAUUCGAAUAACUCGAUACAUGAUACUCACUUUCAUCGCGUCAGCAAUCUCUAAUUAA